AUGCCAGCGAUAGGUCACGCUGGUCACUGGCCAGGAAACUCGACAGCGCACAUUUUGGUUCACCAACAAGCACCGCCAACUCCAACAAUCACUGUCGAGACUGUUGCUGAUGGAUAUUCCGGCGGUGUCGACCAGAGUGAUAAUCUUGGUACGGGCGGCAUUGCGGGCAUCGCGGUAGGCACGGUUAUUGCUUUCCUGUUGGAAUUAUCUUUAAACUUAGACUACACAGCACUCAACGUUACAAAACUCUCAAGGGAUAUGGCGCCACCAAGGGCUCAGUCCGUACCUCCGGGGCGUUCAGUGGCUCCUCACCGACCACAUGCCCCUGUCUUACACCCCCUUGGCAUGUACACAGAUUCCACCGCAUUUCCUAGGGCUAGCCAAGAUCAACCACCAAACUUGGAGUGGCCCAGGCCAGGCCGCACGCGAGACAGCGGUCGGCUCGUACGAAGAAACGUGGGCAGGCCUCAGUACCACCGAGCGCAAUACUCAUCGUCUACCCUCGGAGACCGAACCCCCUCAUCCCUGAGAAGCCGUUCGCCGUCAUCGCUGAGAGACGACACCUCACCACCCGACACGGGAGCGUAUGUCCAGGACGCUGAGAGAUACCUGGUGUGGAUGCCGAGCAUGUACGGCAAGAAUGUUCGGUACAGCUGGAUGGUGACGGAUGAGAUUGGCCAGCGGCCGCAGAGAGAGCCUCGAUCUCCGUUUGAGGAAUGGCAAGAGCAACUUCGGCUUCCUGAAGCUUUCGACGUCGGCGAUGAUACCGAUAUCUCCGUUGAGACGUCGCUGAGGGUGUCCGAAGAGGCUUGUGGCGUCAGAUCAAUGCCAUCGGUACUCAAACCGGCACGAGGGAGACCUAUCUUGUCAAAGCCGAUUUCCCAAAGCGAAAAGACGGCCGAUGUCCCUCCACCAUUUUGCAUGCCUUCCAAGCCCUACAUGGUCUUCUUGACUGGGCAAGCAUCGGUCAAGCCCAUAGAGAUCAAGCCGUUGUCUAUCAAGAGCGUUCGAGAUAAUCACGUGGCAAGUGCCAAUCGAACAACGGAACCAGACAUCAUACAAGAGAUGGGGGAGGAUUCGUCGCGCGAAGUUCCGCCACAAAGCGAUGGACCGGCACCACCCGGCAAGCCCAAGAUCAAGUCCAGCACUUCGAUUCCAACUGCAGCCGACUUUUCUCCCUCCAAGUUUGAUUAUGAGGCUUCCCCAACGAUUUUGGAAUAUUACUACAAGACUGUAUUUGCGUCAGCUCAUGGGGAAGAAGAAGAAGGGAAGAGUUCAUCCCCUGAUUUCACAUUAAACAAAGCAGAUGCCGCAACUGAUAGCGUACAAAAAGAGGCGGCAUCGCAGGGAAAACUCCAGGAGUCUAAGGGUUUGCCCCCAGUGACGGUACGUCAGCCUCUCAACGUCGAAAUCAAGACAAAUUGGGCAGAGAUUCAGAUGGCUGGGCAUGAUAGUGAGAAGGGCAGCGUCAUCCAUGAUUCACAGUUUUACCUAUGGUAG